UGAAGAUAACGUACCACUUGAACGUCUCUCCUUGAAAUCCAACUUCAUUCCUCUCACGUGCAUUGGAGCACUUCCCAUGUCUGGCAUUGCGUGUGAUUUGGAAGACGAUCCAGUUGAGGAGGGGUUAUGUCUCGGGGUAUGAUGAAGGUCAUAUACCCAAGACUCAGGACAUUGUUGCGUUGAUGGCAAGAGAUUCCAUCGUGUAUUUUGCCUUUGUGUGCUCGAUGGCUGUUGCCAUCACAUUUGUCCAAGGACACAACAAAGAACUGGACGGUGACAUCGGUUUCACCAUCGGGACUUUGAAGAACGCUUAUCAAAUGAUAGUGAUAAAAGUGAUGACUAUUUUCGCUCCGCAGCUUCUUAUAAACCUGCGCGCGGAGUCGUAUGGUCCUGUUGGGAUAAUUGUAACCCAGCUUACUACUUGGAAUGCCGAGUCUGGGAGAUAUUUUACGUCUGCUUUCGAGAUGAAUGGAUCUGUUCGUACGUCAUUCCGGUAGAAACAGUACUUCUCGGUAAAACCUUGUUUUAUAUUUUCUGACAAAUAGUCUCAGCUUGACAUUUGAUGAUCUGUGCAUCUAAA